AGAAGGCAUUGUCGUAGUAAUUACAUAUUUCCUUUGUGUCUUUGUUCAUAUAUAGUAUAUGCAAGAUGUUUAGUAAUUUUGUUUUAAGCGUGUUCUUGGUUUGUGCUUUAAAUGGUGUUAUUUGCAAACAAAUACCCAGCUACAUAACACUAUGCAAGCGAGACCAGAACACCAUAGACAAAUGCGCGCGAGAAGCAGUCGAGAAGUUGCGGCCGAAGCUCAUUGAGGGAAUCCCAGAGCUUGAUGUGCCCAGCAUCGAGCCAUUUUAUAUACCUGAGAUCAAACCCAGUAACCCAGCCCUAGCCAGAUUUAGUGCUGUGGGCAAGGACAUCAAGGUGUCAGGAGGUGGUAACUUCACCAUCAAGAGUCUAUCAGUGGACCUGGAUACCUUCACAAUAAAAGCCCGCGUUCGCUUUCCAAAGUUUCACCUUGAGGGUCGAUAUAAGAUCGACGCGGCGGUAUUCGCCCUACCACUCAAGGGACAGGGAACAAUGUAUGCUGAUGCUGUGAAAUGCGACGUGGAGAUUACCAUCUACUCUCAAGUGGAAGAGCGCGACGGGAAGGAAUACCUCAAGUUCACCAAAGUAGACACAGAUGCCAACAUCAAGGAUUAUCGCAUCCGACUCGAGGGCCUCUUCAAUGGAGAUAAAGCUCUCGGUGACGCGACCAAUGAAAUAUUAAACCAGAACCGAGGAGAAUUGAUGAGAACGGCCAAACCGUACCUGGAGAAGGAAGUGUCCAAUGUCCUCUUUAACGCGGCUAACAAAAUUGUCGAUGGAGUUAUAUUGGAUGACAUCCUGCCUAAGCCAUAAGUUCCUAGUACAGUGCUUCCAUUAGAAACAUGUCAAUAAAACCAAGUUUAGGUAAAGACAUUUAUGAAACAUAUUUCAUUCAAUGUCUAUUUUUUAUUUGAGUAAGUCAGUAAAGCUCUGCAGAGCUAAAAAUGCAUUUUUUGGUGUGGAAUUUUAGUGUACAUAAAAAGAAAAAGCGUGACAGCGCUCUUAAAAAAUUUGACAAUCGAUAACGUGUAAGUUAUACCGAAUAGAUUAGAUAGGGCUGGUUCAUCGAGUAUAUAACCAAAAAUAGAGACGAAAUGACAUUUAAUUUCUUUGAAAACUAUUCUGCCAAAUCAUUACUGUGACACCUGCG